ACGCAGUUAAGCAAAUAACAAUGAUGCAGGUGGUGGGCGAUGUAAACACAGUGGGGUAGAUCAAACCGUCCAACCAACCUCUCAUCGUAUUCUCCGCCCGCUUUCUCUCCCUCUUCUAUUUUCUCUCCUUUUUCCCUCCUCUCCCACACACUCCCCCCCACCCCACCCCACCCCCCUUUCCUCUCCUCUCUUUCGCCUAUCCUUCAUUCUCUCUCCCAUGGCUUCCUCUCCUUUCCUCUCUAAAAUCCCCAUCUCCAACAAAACUAUCUCCUUCGCUUCCUCUCUAUCUUCCCUCCCCUCCACAUUUCCUUCCAAAUCCCUCCGUCACCACAGACGAAAUGCGUUGACAGUGCAAUCGAAGAUCCGGGAGAUCUUCAUGCCGGCUCUCAGUUCCACUAUGACUGAGGGCAAGAUUGUUUCCUGGAUUAAAUCAGAAGGUGACGUCCUAUCCAAAGGUGAAAGCGUUGUCGUUGUUGAGUCCGAUAAGGCUGACAUGGAUGUUGAGACCUUCUAUGACGGCAUUCUCGCUGCAAUUGUUGUGCCUGAGGGUGAAAGUGCUCCAGUCGGCGCUCCUAUUGGAAUUUUAGCUGAGACCGAGGACGAAAUUGCUGAAGCGAAAGCAAAAGCCGCGUCGAAAACGGGUAGUACUGGUUCAUCAGCUGUUGCUGCCCCUCCUCCUACUGCUACUUCUGCUCCUACUUCUGCAAUUUCGCAACUGGUACCUGCUCCCGCGAUACCUGCUGCUGCUGGGGACGGGUCAAGGAAGAUAGUGGCGACGCCGUAUGCAAAGAAAUUGGCGAAGCAGCAUAAGGUGGAUAUCGACAAGGUUACUGGAACGGGGCCGUUCGGCAGGAUAACGCCGGCUGACGUGGAGGCAGCGGCGGGUAUUACUCCUACCAAACCUGUGGCUACGAAGCCUGCUCCAGUAGCGGCUGCUGCUCCUGCUAAACCUGCUACUACUCUAUCAGCUCCUCCACUUCCAGGGUCUACGGUUGUACCGUUUACUACAAUGCAAGCGGCGGUGUCGAAAAAUAUGGUGGACAGCCUUUCAGUACCCACUUUUCGAGUUGGAUAUCCAGUGACAACUGAUGCACUUGAUGCACUAUAUGAGAAGGUUAAACCAAAAGGUGUGACAAUGACGGCAUUAUUGGCAAAAGCUGCAGCAAUGGCACUUGUUCAGCACCCGGUCGUGAAUGCCAGCUGCAAGGAUGGGAAAAGUUUCACCUAUAACAGUAACAUUAACGUUGCAGUGGCAGUAGCAAUCAAUGGUGGAUUAAUUACCCCUGUUCUUCAAGAUGCAGAUAAGUUGGAUCUGUACUUACUAUCACAAAAGUGGAAAGAAUUGGUGGAGAAAGCCAGAACGAAGCAACUUCAGCCCCACGAUUAUAAUUCAGGGACAUUCACUCUAUCCAAUUUGGGAAUGUUUGGAGUUGACAGGUUUGAUGCUAUUCUUCCUCCUGGUCAGGGGGCUAUAAUGGCUGUUGGAGCAUCAAAACCAACUGUGGUGGCUGAUGCAGAUGGAUUCUUUAGUGUGAAAAAUAAAAUGCUGGUGAAUGUAACAGCUGACCACCGAAUUGUCUAUGGUGCCGACUUGGCUGCCUUCCUUCAAACUUUCGCAAAGAUUGUUGAGAACCCAGAAAGCCUGACAUUAUAAUGAAAGGGUUUUCAUUCCACAGUUCUGCUGAUUUUGAGUUGCCUACUACUAUCUGGUUGGUGUCAAGAUGCUGGUGCCUAUUAGACAAAGCGCUCGGCUGAUGAGUCCGGUUUUGCAGUCCUCUUUUGUGAUUUUAUGCCCUUGUUGUAUUUUUUCUUUUAAAUUUGUUUUAAUUUUGUAAGGAUUUCAUUGACAUCACUGAUUACUGUUGACUAGAUUUUUAAAAGGAGGGAAUAAUGAUAGUUCAAAAUUUUAGCUUU